AUGUCGUCGAGUUCGUGGAUGUUAGACGCGACCACCUUACCAAAACUUGGCUGUCUCGGCCAAGGCCACCAUGGCUACAUCUCUCUCGUGAAAACCCCCGAUGGUCUACUCAUGGCUAAGAAAACAUCUCACCGCAAAUACUCAGAGGAUCUCGAGAAAGAACUAAGGAUCUUACAUCACUUCAACUCCAUCAAUUUCAACAUCGUAAGACCCACAAGCCCUAUCAUCUAUUACGAAACCAUGCCGGUAAAUGUCAAGAUCUGCUCUAUUUACAUGGAAAUCGCACCACAUGGUUCACUCGAAGACAUGAUGACCAAAGCCGGUGGGAGAUUACCGGAGAACGUGGUCGGGUACUGCACUCUCUUGAUUCUUGAAGGACUCAAGGAUCUUCACAAAGAUGGUUACGUCCACUGUGAUCUCAUGCCAGAGAACAUACUUAUCUUCCCGACCUACACUCAUGGAGAGCUUUGUGAACUCAAACUUGCUGAUUUCGGUUUAGCCAAGGAGCCUAAUGGACCUAAUCCAUUGGAUGGGUCUCUGUUCCAGGGAAAUCCGGAGUAUUUGGCUCCAGAGGCGGUCGGGCCACGUCGAAUUAUUUCGUCUGCGGUUGAUAUGUGGUCUUUAGGUGUUAUGGUAAUUGAGAUGUUGGGGGCUAAUGUAGGAGGAAGAAAUGAUUACUUGUCAGCGACGCUAUCACCGAUGGCUUGGGACUUUGUGAGGAAAUGCAAAGUGCGUGAUUGGGAGGAUAGAGCCACCGCAGAGGAGCUGCUGAGCCAUCCUUUUGUUAACCAAAGUAUUGGGGUUCCACCGCUUGAGAUGCUUCCUGUUCCUCAUUGCUUAACUGACGGAGUGGUUCAAGGAAGGUUUUUUUGA